UCUUAUUUCGUCUUCUUCCUCCAUUUUUCCUUUUCCACACCAGGUCUCACAAGCUGCAACAGUGCGAUUUUCUUCAGAUCUAGCAAUUUGAUGGUAGAUCUGGUAGUUUUGUAACUAGAAAAGCACACUGAAAGUGAUGUUUGUUGCUAAAUGUUUUAUUUUCUUUGUUUAUUUCCCCUAUCGUACGCUGCCCAUUUCCCAUCCCAUCUCUCACCAAUUAAUGCCUUACGAUUCCAUCACCAUUUCAUCCGACAGUUAAUAUCACUACACAUGUCCCUCCUUGCGGCGACGGUCCGUAUCUGAUUUGAAGGCUUGAACCGCAUUGUAAUACAAAAUCCUCGUUUAUUUAUUUUUUCGCUUUCUCUGGUUUUCCCAGUAUUCCAUGCUGGAGCAACAAAUGCUGUGAUCUAUGUCAUGCUGAGGUUUACCUAUUCUCUCAGAUUCUUGGUGAUCUGAGUAUUGAGGUUUGCUGAUGCCUAGGCAAAUUCGAAGCAUGGAUUUGGUUCUUGGGAAGAUCAGAAAACGAGGUUGCUCUACAUCGGCAUCAUCUACCUCCUCCGUACACCAAAACUACAGAUUCAAAAGGGCCAUUCUUGUCCGCAAGAGGGGCGGAUCAAGUACACCAGUGCCCACAUGGAAACUGAUGAACUCAAGAUCUCCCGCGUCCGCUAUGCGGGCCCUAGAGUCCCCCAAGUAUCCACCAUCCCAGACAGGUAGCAAGGCCAAACAAGCUCCUGUGUCAGCAAGGAAGCUCGCUGCGACGCUGUGGGAGAUGAAUGAGAUUCCUUCUCCGAGCGUUAGACAAGGAUCUGAUGAUAGACGGCUGAAGAAAGAGUUGAAAGCAAGGGAAAAGUUGGCGGCAAGGUCGAUACAUUCUGGUUCGUUGCCUCCCCAUUUAUUCGAUCCAUCGCAUAGUCCCGUAUCAGAGAGGAUGGAUAGAUCUGGAACAGGUAGUCGCCAUAGACGAACCCCAUCCAUUCCUCAGAGGCUGAGGCUCACGGACCACCAAGUUGGUCCGCUAGAUUCUCUUAGCAAUGCCAGUCUUAUGGAGGUGGAAACCAGAUCUCGUGCACAGACACCUACUUCAUCUACUAUUGGAGCCAAGACACGUUUGAAAGAUGUUAGUAAUGCUUUAACAACGUCAAAAGAACUCCUUAAAAUAAUAAACCGCUUGUGGGGUCAUGAAGAUCGUCCUUCUUCUAGUAUGUCCCUAAUCUCUGCUCUACAUACUGAGCUGGAGAGGGCUCGCCUGCAGGUCAAUCAGCUUAUCCAGGAACAGCGCUCAGAUAAAAAUGAGUUAAAUUAUUUGAUGAAGUGUUUUGCUGAAGAAAAAGCAGCGUGGAAAAGCAAGGAGAAAGAAAUUAUUGAAGCUGCAAUUGAAUCUGUUGCUGGUGAACUUGAUGUAGAGAGAAAAUUAAGAAGACGGUUUGAAAGCUUAAACAAAAAGCUAGGAAGAGAACUGGCUGAGACAAAAGCAUCCUUGCUUAAAGUGGUGAAACAACUUGAGAGUGAGAAGAGAGCUAGAGAAAUUUUUGAACAAGUAUGUGAUGAGUUGGCAAGAGAUGUUGGUGAAGAUAGAUCUGAGUUAAAUAAAAUAGAGUCUGCAAAAGUUUGUGAAGAGGUAGAAAAGGAAAAGGAAAUAAUGCAGUUAGCUGAUAUGUUACAUGAGGAGAGAGCUCAACCAAAACUUUCUGAAGCAAGAUAUCAGCUUGAGGAAAAGAAUGCAACUGUUGAUAAGCUCAGGAAUCAACUAGAGGCUUUCAUGGGAAACAAACAAAUUAGAGAAAAAGGACGCAGUUCCACACACUUGAAUGAUGAAGAAAUUGCUUUCUAUCUGGGCAAAACUCGUUUUGAUUCCCAUCAUAAUGAAGAUAAAGAGGAUGAUGGAGGUGAGGUAGACGAUGGACUAGAAUGCAGAGAAGACUCAGCUGAAAGUGACAUGCAUUCUAUUGAGUUAAAUAUGGACAACCACAAGAGCUACAAGUGGAGCUACCCCUCUGAAAGCAGGCUUGAUACCAGAAGAUAUCCGAUUGACGAAGAAGUGAAAGGGAGGAGGUCUACUUCUGGGAAAGUUUCUAGGAAAAGCAUGUCUCUGCAAAGGAGCAUAUCAGAUGGACUGGAAUGGGGAACUCAAGCUGAGAAGCUUCAAAAUUUUGGAGAUGGAAUAGAUUGGGAAGGCUUCUCUGAACUGGAGAAGCAAGAUCAAGGAAAAGGAUACGAUGAUGAAAUGCAAGGCCAUAAAUCAGUAAAAGGUCUGAGAGAUCAAAUUUUGUCUGGAUCCAGGCUUGCAUCUUCCAGAAUUUAUGCUAGUCCAACCAGGCAAUCUGCACAGGCUUGGCCGUCACGAGAUCCCACAAAUAGCUUCCUGGAUAGACCACCAAUAAUGCCAGGCAAUGGUAUCAAAUCAAGGCUAUCAGAAGUGAGGGGUGAGGGCCAGAACGCGAGGAAGCCCAAACGGACGAUCAAUCAUAGGCCUGUUAGGUGAAGGCCAGCGUGGAAAAUGCUUCCCUCCUCGUAAGUUUGUCUUUUUGGCCAGCCAGUAGCUACUAAAAUUGUAGCACUCGCUGCUUAGAUUUUUAUCUGCUCAAUAUUCAGAUAUUGUUUCGUUUGUAGAGUUCAGAACAUGUCAACUGCUGAGUUUAUACUGUAAUUUAUGCCGAAGAUGUUUCUCAGAACAUUUUCUUGUCAAUUUUAAAGAGAGUACUGUCUCAGUUUCUCAACGA